AUGGCCACUCGAGAAGGAUACUACGUUCGUCGUGAUAAUCCCGUCCAGGAGGGCCACCUCAAAUGCGCUGGUGUCAUCUCUCCAAGUAGCAACAUCCCAUCCGUUACCUACGACGUAUUCGAUGUCAUCAUCAUUGGCGCUGGUUAUGCCGGCUUAUCCUCUGCGCGUGACUUGUGCUUGUCAGGUUUCAAAGUCCUCCUUCUCGAAGCACGAGACCGUUUAGGUGGCCGAACAUGGACCGCUGAAGUAGAGGGUCAUCUAUACGAAAUGGGCGGCACCUGGAUAUACUGGGGCCAACCUCAUGUCUAUCGUGAAAUGUCCCGCUACGGGUAUACCAAGCUGUUGGACAGUAACGCUGACAAGGUCGGAUGCAACUAUUUCACAUCUUGGAUCAAUGGUAAGCCGAGGAAUAUCAGCUACGAGGAAGAGGGCCCUGCUGUCGAGAGAGCAUUCGAGAUAUUCUGCGACGUAGAUGGCAAUGGGGGAAGAAGGAUUAUCCCAUACCCCCACGAUCCCCAUUUCAAACCCGAGGCUAAGCAGUGGGAGAACAUAUCGGCGGCUCAGAGAAUCGAUCAAGUGCGUGCUAAGCUCAGCGAGCUAGAACUUUACACUCUGCAGGGCUUCGUUGCUGCCAUAUCCGGAAACGACAUGAAUAACACAGGGUUUUUCGAUAUUCUGAGGUGGUGGGCUUUGUCAGGCUAUUCCACCCAAGGCCUCUACGACUACACUGAAACCUACAAGAUCCCCGAGGGCCAGUCCAGGUUCGCACGUACCAUGUUCGACGAAGCUCUGGCUACUGGCAAUUUGAAAUAUGCCUUUGACACCCUCAUCACCUCCAUAAAGGACACUUCCGUGACAGUGGAGGCAACAAGUACCUCAGGAAAAAGCUGGUCUGCCAGGCGGCUUAUCUCCACCAUCCCUCUCAACAUCCUGAAUCGAAUCCAAUUUCAACCACCAUUAUCGCCAGCCAAGUCUGCUGCCCAUUCAAUUCCGCACAUUGGCAUUGGUGCUAAAGUACAUAUGGAAGUUCAAGGAACAAACCUCCGAACCUGGUCUGCGGCUGCUUGGCCCGACUCGAGAAUCUUCAGCGGUCGCGGUGAUGGCAUCACCCCCGCAGGAAACACUCACCUGGUCUUCUUUGCUGGAAAUCAAAAGGGGCUUAACGCACAGGAAGAUGCGCGACAUAUGGCGGCCGAAGCCAAGAAGCUCCACGAGAUGGAAAUCCAGAAAGUUAUAUGGCACAACUGGCUCGAAGACCCCCUCUCUGAGGGUAUCUGGUGUAUGUUCCCUCCCGGAUACAGCUUCGACCAUCUCGAUACACUUCGUGCACGCCACGGCAAUGUGCUAUUUGCCAGUGCUGACUGGGCCCUGGGCUGGAGGGGUUUCAUCGAUGGUGCUAUUGAGGAGGGUACGAGGGCUGCCAUGGCCGUUGUGAAGGAUCUCGGCUUCCCUCGCCGUGUCGCUCCCGCAUUGUAA